UUCUCUUCACUUUUCGACAAUCGCGUUUUUCGAAUCCCAUUUCUUUUAUCGGAGUCUCUACUUCAAUUUCGCAUUCAAUUUCGAAUGAUUUCCUUCACCUGCUUUCGUAGCAAUAGCAUGGACUACGUAACUACGUUUUCAUCAGUGUUCUCUUUGAAAUACUAACGUGAAAUAUCCUAUGGUUUGUUGUUAAAAUGCUUGACUACCGUGGAAGAGAAUGAUCGAUUGCACUGCAAUCCCUGGCCUCUGGUUACUUCCAGUGUUCUCAGUUGUUAUUCUACUGAAAUUUAUUGUUUUGAAAUAUCAAAACGCUAGAAAAUAUUCGUGUACAACGAAAAAUGAUCAUUUGUGGUAUUUCUACAAAUCUUUUUGCGUAAUUUUAGUUUGUUUUUAUGUAUUUAACCAUACUUUAUACAACACCUUUUGCGAACAUACUAUACAUUUUGAGAUGGAUUGAUAAAUUUAGUGCUUAGUAGUGCAUUAGUUUUUGUCGGGACUUCAAUUCUAAUUUCUAGGUCAUGAGUUUUCAUUAUGUAAGUUCUGUUGGGGUGGAUUAAGGAGUGAUGUGAGUAAAGGGAAUAACUUUCAAUUUUUGAGCCUGGAUUGGGUAUUGAUUAUUGAAGUUGCCAGCUUUGAUCAUACUCGCGAAGGCAAGGUGCUUGAUCUUCUGAGUUGUUGGUAAAAUGGUUUCUUUUGAGAUGAAUGAUCGAAAGAAGAUCGGAUUAGGGUUAACUGGAUUUGGUAUAUUUUUCUCAUUCCUUGGGAUUAUCUUCUUCUUUGACAAGGGACUGCUAGCCAUUGGAAAUAUCCUGUUUGUUUCUGGAGUGACCCUAACCAUUGGGCUGAAGUCCACUAUGCAAUUUUUCAUGAAACAAAGUAAUUUCAAGGGGACAAUCUCUUUUGGUGUCGGGUUCUUUAUUCUUAUAAUCGGGUGGCCUAUUUUGGGCAUGAUUAUUGAGUUGUAUGGAUUCAUCAUACUAUUCAGUGGAUUCUGGCCUACACUGGCCGUUUUCAUACAGAAGAUUCCUGUUCUUGGUUGGUUGGUUGAACAACCAUAUAUUCGAUCGCUGUUUGAUCGCUAUAGAGGCAAGCGAGUGCCCGUAUAAGACAGGAACCUAUGGAAACAUAAUGUAACUGCUAGCAGGUGCAUUGUAAGUCAAUGUAAAGAAAAUACUCUAGUAAAGAUAUCUAACUGAAUUGAGUUCGCUUUUUGAUGGUAGAAAAUGAUUAUCAUUUCAUCAUGAUACUCAUUCAACGGAAAGGAAAAUUGCAAAGGGAAAAGGUUUUCACUUUACUAUGAUUCUAAUACUUGGUGGAAAAUCAAUUGAUAUGGAGAAUGGUGGUCAGUUCCAUUUACGUUACGAUUCCAAUCAGAAACCUUCUGAGGUUUCCACGCCAAGUAUCAUCCUUUUGCUUUUUGUUCACACUCGUAAAAGGAAUAUAAUGGUUUUAGAUGAUGUCAUUGCAGCAAUAUAGAACUAUUUUCUUUCUUCCCUAUUCUUCCCUAAAUAUUGCAGUGUAAUUUACUUUAAAUAUUGCACCUUUGACUACCA